AUGGCAGAACAUCUCCAACUCUCCGUCUCCUCCCUGCAAUCCUCCCUCCAACUCCUCGACUCCUCGAUCUCCACCCUCGAUGCGGGCGUCAGCGACUUCCCGCGACUCUCCAAAGUCCUACAAACCACCCGACACUUCGAACUCCUCCCCGAGCCGACCCUCCGCGAAGCCCAGCAAUCCCUGCUCGACGAAAUCACCCCCAGCAUCGCCCACCUUCUGCAACUAGCGUCCAACCACGUCGAGAAGCUCUCCCGCCGCGAGCAAGGCCUUCGCGCAAAAUGCGACCUCCAGCAGGGACGACUGUACUCCGCCGAGGACCGUCAGAAGCAGAAGCCGAAACCCAGUGCGUAUGGCGGCGACCGACGACAGCGGGCCGGCGCCGCAGCCAGCAACGCGGCCAAGGCGGCGGAGCUCCGGAGACUGGUGCAGAAGAAAGAACGCUUGCAGUAUGCGGUUGAGCGGUUGGAGUUGCAGGGUAAGCAGAGGGAACGACAGCUUCGGAAGAGUAUGGCGUUCCAGUGA